AGGUAGGAGUGGGCCCCCCACGCGCUUAAAUGCAGCUCCCAGGCUCAAGCCAACAGACAGACUAACAGAAAGGCACACGCGCGAGCUUCAAGAAAGCAGCUCUGCAGUCUGUGCACGUUCAAGGAGGAGCGACACUAUGAUCAAGAAAAUGCCCCCCUCGGAAAGCGACUUUGACAUCCCGGCCAAGAACUGCUCCAGGAUGGUGAUUCUGGGCUCCACCAAAGUGGGCAAAACGGCCAUCGUGUCCCGCUUCCUCAACGGGAGGUUCGACGAGCAGUACACGCCCACGAUAGAGGACUUUCAUCGGAAGGUCUACAGCAUCAAGGGGGACGUUUACCAGCUGGACAUCCUGGAUACGUCUGGCAACCAUCCCUUCCCAGCCAUGCGCAGGCUUUCCAUCCUGACAGGCGACGUUUUCAUCCUGGUCUUCAGCUUGGACAACAGAGACUCCUUCAACGAGGUGCAACGCCUCAAGCGUCAAAUCUACGAGACCAAGUUGUGCCUCAAGAACAAAAUGAAAGAGAAGCUCGACGUGCCUCUGGUCAUAUGCGGCAACAAGGCUGACCGCCAAUUCCACCGCCAGGUGCAGCGGCCCGACAUCCAGCAACUGGUGGACGGCGGCGGCGGCGACGACGACGACAACAAGUGCGCCUAUUUCGAGAUCUCCGCCAAGCGCAACGAGAACGUCGACCAAAUGUUCCAGGCCUUGUUCACCUUGGCAAAGCUGCCCCACGAGAUGAGCCCCGACCUGCACCGAAAGGUGUCGCUGCAAUACUGCCACAUGCUGCGCACAAAGUCCGUCAAGAACAAGAAGAUGAAGGACGGCAGCGGCGGCGGCGGCGGCGAGGCCUACGGCAUGGUCACGCCGUACGCGCGAAGACCCAGCGUGCACAGCGACCUCAUGUACAUUAAAGAGAAGGCGGUGGGUGGAGGACAAGCCAAAGAGAAAGAAAGGUGCCUUAUCAGUUAAGCGCGAGGGAGGGAGGACUCCGACCAUUGGAAGGAAGACGAAAGAAAAGGUGGAAAGGCAAGCAGGUUUGGGACUUUUUGCCACCUGCUUGCACGCGCCUGUCACCAUGGAUACGGACAGGGUUCCACUCACUGCCCUCCCACACACAUUGAAAGAAUGCUCCCUUGUUCUGUCCAACCGCGUGUGACUUUUCAUCGCCGUACUUUGAAAAAUGCGGUCGUCGACGUCAUCCUCGACUGGAGCAGCCGCAGCAGCAGCAGCAGCAGCAGCAGCAGCAGCAGCAGGAGUAAUGUUUACAUUUCUGGGUUGAUGUAACCGCUCUCGAAUGUUCAUUUGCAACCGGCACUAUUUUUAUGUACUGUAUAUUUAUUGUGACUGACACUUUUUGCAAAAAACAAGACAAUAAUAAAAACAAAACGACCUACA